AUGACGAUUGGUACAGGUAACAUUGGAUCACGUAAUAGCAGUCGUAGUACAAAAAAUGCAAAAUAUAGUACAAGUAAAAUUCGUUCUAAUCAAUAUGGUAGUGGCAUUAUGGGCGGAAAUUCUAUGCUUGGAGGUCAACCAUUAUGUGGUUUACCGGGAGGAUCAAAAAGCGAAAUAAAGCAUCGUUUUGAAAUUACCAAAAAACUUGGGUCCGGUACCUAUGGUAAAGUAUCACUUGCUUAUGAUCACAAAACUGAACGAGAGGUAGCUGUAAAGCUUAUUAAAAAGAGUGCCAUUGAAAAUAAGCAAGAUCUGGUAAGAAUUCGACGAGAAAUAAGAAUAAUGUCUGCAUUGAAUCAUCCUAAUAUCAUACAAAUUUUCGAAGUAUUUGAAAAUAGGGAUAAAAUAAUACUCGUUAUGGAGUAUGCAAGUGGUGGAGAAUUGUACGAUUACGUGAGCACAUUUGGAUCUCUUCCGGAACCGGAAGCUCGCCGUAUUUUUCGUCAAAUCACGUCUGCUAUUCUUUACUGUCAUAAGCAUAAAGUGGCACAUAGAGAUUUGAAGUUGGAAAAUAUCUUAUUGGAUGCGGAUAAUAAUGCAAAAAUUGCCGAUUUUGGAUUGUCCAAUUAUUUUUCCGACAAAACACUCUUGAAUACAUUUUGUGGCAGUCCACUUUAUGCUUCUCCUGAAAUCAUUAAUGGUACACCGUAUAGAGGCCCAGAGGUGGAUUGUUGGAGUUUAGGAAUUCUUCUCUAUACACUUGUUUACGGGUCAAUGCCAUUUGAUGGUCGUGAUUUCAAUCGAAUGGUUAGACAAAUUAAGCGUGGCGCAUAUUUUGAGCCUGAUACACCAUCAACUGCCUCAAUGUUAAUUAGAAAUAUGUUGCGGGUGAAUCCAGAAAGGCGAGCAGAUAUUGAUGAAAUUGCUAGUCAUUGGUGGCUAAAUUUGGAUGAAAAUAUGCCUGUAAUUCAAGAACUUCCAGAAAAUCAGAUUAUCGAUCAUACACCAUUAACAGAUCGGGCAGAAACGAUGGUUGUGCAAGAUUUAGCCGACGAAGCUGAUGUAUUCAUGGAUUUUGGACAUUUAAGUCCUUCAACUAGACUUAAAAUUGAGGAAUUUCGAAGACGACGUAAAGAAGCUGAAGAAUAUAUUGAAAAUUCACCAAUAAAACCACCAAAAGCACGACGAACAGAUGGCACCGAAAUGCCAACACUUACAGCUGCAGAAAAAAGUUUACGUUAUGAUCCUCGAUUAAAUAAGGAAAAAGAACAAGAACGAGUAUCAGUGGAUGAACCGGAUGCAUAUUAUGAACCAUUGGAAAGACUUAAAAGAUUGGAAUCAAGAUUACAAAGCAAAGAUAAUCAGGCACAUAUUACGGAUAACAAAUUAACAAAUAUUUCUAAUUCAAAUCAGGCAAAUAAAGAAAUUCGUCGAUUCAAGCAGCCAUCAUUGGGAACUGUUAGCGGAUGUGACAAUAGCAGUAGCAGAAUGAUAAUCAAAAAUGAAAGAUUGAGUCCGGAACAACCUGAUGAUCCGGUUACUUCAAAUUCUAAAAUUAGUGUGAUAUCAACCGGUGCAAACAAUGAAACUUCUAAACCUUCAUUUGUUCCAUUGAAUUCUGAAAGUGUAAUUGCAGCUGCUAAAGCAUCUAGGAAACCAUCAGCUGAAACAUGGAGAUUAGAGAUGGAUUCAUUGAAUAUGCUUAUGAAUCAGGUAUUAGAACAAAUGGAGAAAGGACCGGUUAGUAUGACAUUAGUUGCACGUAUCAAAGCUCAUCCAUUUUAUGAUUCACGACCUAUGGUAAAAGAAUUAUUGGAAUCAAUUAUUGCAGCACAACCGCCAUCUGUGCAAAAGCAAGCUUCGAAAUUAAUCCAACAACAAUCUCAGGAAUUAAUUAAACGACAAACAGUUGGAGGAACAACAACAUCAAUUGGUGGUGGAAUGGUAGGAAUAACGGGAAGACGAAGUAGUAAAACAUAUGAUAUAGGUACAACUACAUCACCGGUAAAAAUGGAUGAGAAACGGAUAACCGGAAAAUAUCAAUCAAAUGGUAUAGCACAACGUAAUGGACAAAUGAAAAAUUUUGGUGAAAGACCAUGGCAUAGUGUAGAAGUUGGUUUUGAUCCGGAUGAAGAUGUGGAGCAUAAUGUAGGAACACCACAAUCAUUCUCUCAUAAUGAUGAACUUACAGAAGAAAGUGUUCAGGAUACCUCAUUUGAAGAUGAAAGUGAUGGAGAAAUUAUUCUUGAUAAUGAUAGAAAUCAAUCUAAUGCAAAUUCACGUGAUCGUGAUGAAGCAUUGAAGGAAAAUGAUGAAUGCAGUGAUGAAGAUGAUGAAGAGGUUGAAGAAAGUGAUAGUGAAAUUGAUGAACUUGGUAAAGAAGUGGAACAGAUUGAAGAUGAAGGAAAUGGUUCAUAUCGUACAGCUAUAUCAGAGGAAAAUCUUGGUGAUUCAGGUGAGCAUAAUCCACCACCAGAUCCACAUAUGAAAAAUGUUGCACCACAGUUUGUUGAUGCAUUCGAUCGAGGCUUAGCAAAACGACAAAGUAAAGGAAAAUAUCAGCAUAAUAAAGUAGAGUUAUACGGUCGUGGUGUAUCAACGGAAUGUGAAAGUCCAACCUUACCACAUCGACGUAUCGGUGGACCCCAACCAACCGUCGAACGUUCCUUAUUCCUCUUUGAUAAGGCAAAGAAAUAUAUUAUGACAUAUCCAAAACCGAUUGAUGAUAGCGGCGAUGAUAUUCCGGGUAGGCUUGGCAAAAAAAUUGUCAAAAAUUGGCUACGAACACAGGAUCCAGAUGUUAUGGUUACAAGCACUGAAGCAUCAGCUGAAGUUGCAAGUAGAGUUUGUUCGGUACCACCAAGGUCACCACCAAAUGUAAUUAAAUUGGAUAAUGAAGCUUCUGAAUCAGAAAGUGAUGAAGAUGAGGAAAAUGAAGAGGAUGAAAAUGAGGAAAGUGAUGAAGAAGAAAGUAGUGAAGAAAGUGAGGCAAACAAAGUGUUAUCAAAUAAACAAUCAGUUGAAACUGAAAAACGAAAACCACAAGCAAUCAAUUUGGAAGCAAAUAUUGUAACAAACGAUGCAAAAUAUCAGGAUGAAUGUAUUAGAAAGGAUGUACUAUCAACGACAAAAAAAACAAGUAAACCAAUUAAAUUAGGUAAUCGGUCAUUAGCUAUGCCAUCAUCAAAUGAUGGAGCUAUCUCAUUUUUACAACGUCAUAAUUGGGAUCGUCGACGACGAAAUCGUACCAUUGAUGUUUCCGAAAAUGUUUUGAAGAGCAUUGCUGAUCAUCGUGACGAAAUGACGCCUAGCCGAUUAACUACUGGUCAUACAAUGGCUGUAACAAAUAAUGAUCCCGUUGGAUUAUCAUGGACUCGUACAUCAGGAUAUCCAAAUUCAACUAUUUAUGGACAAAAUACACGUUAUAAUAAUGACGAGAAUUUUAAAAAGACAACAGAAAAAGAUACAGCUUCACCGGGAUUAAAUUAUAAUUUGUAUGUAGCACGAGAUGAUAAACGAAAGUCAAAAUCAGCGCAUGACCUUUCACCUGAUCGACCUGAUUUAUAUGCUGGAACUACUACUAAUGUAAGCAAAUUUGCUACACCUGGUUCAUCUAAUAUUAAUCGUUAUGAUAAUGAGUCAUCAAUACCUCAAUCAUGGGCAUUAGAGCCAAAAAGAUUUUAUGUGUAUCAGACAAGAGCUGAACGUGAAGCUGAAAAAAAUACAGUUGUUAGUAAUUUACAUCCUUCAUCAACGUAUCGUAUGACGGGUUCUUCAUGGUACAAUGGCACAUCAGCAGGUAGUAAUUAUCCAAUUUCUUCAUAUACAACUGAUUAUAAAUCUCGAUAUGAUGAAAAUUAUUUGUAUCGACGAAACAACACCUAUGAUACUGAUAGUGGAACUACACAUAAUAGUGAAAUAAUGCCUAGUAUUCAAAAUCAAACAAAUCAUGAAUCAUCAAAUGUUGGUUCACAUCGUUAUCGACCAGUAACACGUCAUAUUGCGUCAGUUCUCGGUGAUUCAACACGUCGCAUAUAUGGUCGUUCAAAUAGUAUGGAAAGAAGUGCAUUACGUCAAGAUGACAUUGAUUAUUUUGGUUUUCGAAAUUUCAUGACAACAACAUCUGACUUAAAUACUGGUGAUAAGGGUGAAUAUAGUUAUGUUAAUUUUCACGAUACAUCAUCUAUUCGAGGAUCAACACCGCAUGAACCAGAUCACAACAAAUUGCCAACACGUGGUAUUUUAAAAAAUAAACAGAAUACAGAAAAUGAUAGCCGUGCAUCAGCCGAAAUAUCAUCUACGGGAAGCAGUCAAGGAAUAGUUGGAGGAAAAGAUCAAACAUCUACAACUUCUGGUAAAAUUUCAAAGGAUGAGCAAUCAAAAGCUGCUAAGAAACGUUCACUUUUUUUGGCACUUGGAAGACGACGAACAACAGAAAUGCGCCUUGGGCCAGAUGGUAAAAUUACAGUUGCAGGAUUGGAAACAGAUUUUAAGAGACCAUCAUCACCCAUUGAUAAGAUUAAAUCACUUUUUCGAAAAAGUAAGGAAAGUGUAAUUCCAUCACCCUCUCAACAUGCACAUCUUGAUUAUGCUAAUUUUCCAACAACAACAACAACUUCAGCAAGGUAUGGUUUUACGGAUAAAGUUUAUGGUGUAUAUCCAUCAUCUCAUCUUGCACCUACGCUUAUUACGCGUGAUCCAUUUUCAUCACAAUAUAGGAAAUAUACGGCUGCUUUAACAACACCUGGAUCAACUGGUAGUAAUUAUAAUCGAUAUAAUUAUACGACUGGCACAAAUGAUCGAAUGUUACGUCAUUGGCAUGAAGAUCCUCACAUAUACUGA